AUGUUAGGGGACUUUGUAGCCGCUCCUUCCUGCUCAAGUGCAAAGACAAUAUGUGGUCGCAUACAUGAAGAGAGGCCCGAUCAAACCAACAUGGCGGCAACUAUUCGGAAGGAAACAUCUUGGAGACGACGUUGGAAACCAGAUAUAAACUCUCAAGCGUGGAAGCCAUUCAUCAUUUCAGGCAACAUAUUUCUAGUAAAAACAAUGUUUGUCGAGACGGAGUGUUGUUAUGAAUUCUGCUUGUGGGAUUUCAGUACUAUGUGGUACGAAAAGGUUGAGCAGGACAACUUCAGAAUAAGGGCAAAGGUAUGAAAUUGUGUUUUCUGAUGUCAUUUUCUUGACAGCGUGUGUCUUUCUUUAUGUCAUUGGAGUAAAUGGAUCUGAACACUACAUAUGAUUCUGUCCAAUGUCUAUGAUAUUCGUUAAAUAAUUUUUAAUUAUUUUUAAAGAUCAAGCUUCCCAGUUCAUUACAGUGAAACCUCCCGUCCGUAACCGACCACGGGCCACCCAAAAAGACCCGAAUUUUAAUAGUGGUCAAUUUCGAGAAAAGAGAAAAGGACCAGAAAGUGAUGUCAUGACUACCUGUUUUAAUGUCUGUGCUUCUAGUUUUAAAUGGUAUUCACCAAUCACAGAAAUCUGAAUGGAAGACAAGGCGUCAUGUGUUAUGACUCUACUGCAUGAUCGCCAAGGGCUCUUUCCAUUUAACCCAAAAUUCCGGAAAUUUCGGUUGUUACAUUUAAUGGAAGGGUUCAUUUUGACUUGGUCCGACCAGAAUUUUUGGAAUCAGCUUUGAAGGUGAUCCACUUUGACUGGUCUGGUCAUUUUGGCCUGACCGAAAUGUCCCUUUCCAUUCGACAAAAUUGUUGUCCCCAGUACCGCUCUUUUAUAUCCUGGUUACAAGAACAAUAACCAAAUGCGCAGUGGCUUGGGUCGGGUCUGUGCAAACGGAAUGUACCAUGCCAUUGGGUAUGUGGAAUGUCCAAAGUUUCAAACUGGAAUUUUUUUUGAAUGGAAAGCACCCCAAAUCCUCCCUUUGCAGCAAAAUCUUCAAUUCCACAAUUCUGUAUAACUAUCUUUUGCAAUUCUCUCAAUCUGAAUGAAGUUCAAGUUCAACUUUAGGCUUGAUUUCUGCAGCCUUCUCUGUCCUCCCCGAGAAGAGAUGGCUGGACGCAUGAGUGACCUAUUGUGUCUGUGACAUAAAUUCAAAAUUUAAUUUAUGCAUCAUUAUGAAACAUCAGAAAUUGGAAAUGUCAUUAAAUACUGAACACACGUUGUGCUUCGCCGUGUCUUUGCUUUGGUAUUUGCCAUAAAAAUUAGCAGAAACACUUACAUUGAUCUUGCAUUACUGAUGGACUUGACAGUCGUCUCUUUCACGUUAGCUGUCAACAACCAUCAUUGCAAACUGGAUAAUAAUUAUUAUUGAUCCAGUUCUGGUUGGUUGAAUUUCAAAAAUAUAUCUGCUAUUUGCCACCUUCUCUAAGCUACUACUUUUGUUUGUAAAUAUUUGAGGUUUUAAGCUUAAAACGCCCUAAAACACGAUCGCACGCCACAUCAAACAACACCUUUGCAUCUGCCGUUUGAAAUCUGCUCCAGGAAAAUAAAUUUAUUGCCUGCUCAAAUCGAGCAGGCAACGAUCUGAUUGGUGGUAAUUGACAAUAGCAAACUCGUGCGUCCAGCUGUCUGUUCGGGGGAGGAGUGUGGGCUCUUUUCCCAAACAGCGGCUCGUAAUCAAGCCUAGUCAAAGUUAAGUUUACAAUUUUUCAUGUGUAUGACUGCAUUAAUUUGUAGCUGAAAAGUAUUUUCAGUCACUGUAGUGCUUUUUCAGGUUAGAACACCUCUUAAAUUGGACUCCAUUUUAAUCUAUGUCAUGGGCAAAUAUGUUCAUAUAUCAUUCCCAUGACAACAAACUGCUAAAAUAACCAGAACAGUUAACUGGAUUGUGGCGUGGUAUUAUUGGAUGUGGUGGCAAAAAAUUAAAAACCUGAUAUGUUCUUAUGUGUCCACUGAGGUCUACUGGUACAGAAAAUUACUUCUUUUAUUAAAAAAAGAAUAUGCCCAUUUGAACAAUUGUGUCAAAUAAUGUAGUUGAAAAUCGUGAAAGGAGAGAAACCCAUUCCCAUUUUUAUUGUUUAUUCCUUUCACUGUGGUUAAAUCCCAGUCCCAGUGCAGUAAAUCCCAUUUUCUCAGUACAUAAAAAGGCAAAUCCCAAUUCCCAUUUUACCCUUUCACAACCCUUUUUGGUAGAUUGAUGUAAGUGGGGAUUUUUUGCAGUAUUCAAAACUAAUGUUUCUCUUUUUCGUGUUAUAUCAUUUAAUGCUUUCUGGAAAUUUUUAUGGCUCAGAAAUUCGACAUGGGAUUUUUUGGGUGUUAAUUGUGUUUCAGGUAUUUUUUUGGGUUUUGUUGGAAGCCCCGGGGAUUUUUUUGGGUUUUGAUUUUUGCCUUCAUUUGACCAUCCCUGUCACUUGAAAUCCGAAGUACCCUUCCUUGGCUCAUGAGAAGAAACAUACGGCAGGUGAAGUCUCCUUCCCGCCUUCCUUUGCGCGCACAUCUUCAUCGAGAGAGAGAGACGUCUAGGUACAAGGCAGUCACAUCUUCAUGUCCUGCAUAUUAUGUCCUUGUGUCCCAUAGCUUACAUCUCCAUGCCCUGUAUCUUUAAGUCUCCAUGCCUCAAGUCCCUGUUCACUUAUCCUAAUGUCCCCAUUCAUGUCCUAGUUCUACUUUUAGGAAAAGCCAUGACUUUAACAUGUUCAUUUAUUUCUAACAGGACCUUAACCCAAAUGUUGAAGCAAAGCUUUCAUUCUUGUUUAAAUUUGUGCAGAAGAGUAUUGAAGAAGACAAGGAAAGAGAGGAAACAUCAUUUACAAUAAAUGAGGUCUGUUAAUAAAAGCUGGCGUACAUACGACAUACAUUUUGCAUUGUGGUCUUUCAGUGAGUUACGGGGCUUGAGCCAACUCACGUUUUGUUGACGCCUUUUAGGUCUUGGUAUUUGCAAUUAUUUCGUUAACUACAAGCUCUAAUUUUCACUUUGGCACAGCAACAAUUUAACUGACUAAAGUUACGAGAAAAUGGGCAACAAAAACAUGCAACUUGUUUUGCAACAAGGGCAUUAAAUCGGACCCUAACAACUACAGGCCAAUAUCUGUAAUCCCUAUGAUUUCGAAAGUUUUUGAAAGAAUUGUUUAUAAUCAACUUUUCCAUUAUCUAGAUGGUAAUAAAUUGCUACCAGGUUGCCAAUCAGGGUUCCGUUCUCUACAUAGUACACUCACGGCUUUGCUUGAGGCAACAAAUGCUUGGUCAGUAAACAUCGACAAUGGCCUUCUAAAUGGCGUUGUCUUUAUUGACCUUACUAAGGCAUUCGACACCAUUGAUCAUGAGAUCAUCUUGCGUAAGAUGUCAUACUUGAGUGUCUAUCAGGCAGCUAUAAAAUGGUUCUCGGUGUACUUAAGUGGCCGAACCCAAAGAUGUAAUGUCAAUGGCAAACUAUCAUCUGCUCGUACCCUCAGUUGCAGUGUGCCGCAGGGUAGCAUAUUGGGUCCUUUGCUAUUUUUAAUUUACAUUAAUGAUCUUCCCAACUCCCUGUGGGGCGCCGUACCAAGAAUGUUUGCCGAUGACACCAACCUUACGUUAUCUGCUAAGAUGUUAACAGAGCUUAAGCUAGCUCUAACCCCUGAAUUAAAUAACCUUAGCUGUUGGCUGAAAGCUAACAAGCUCAGUCUAAAUGUUGCUAAAACAGAGCUAAUGAUUAUUGGAUCCAGACAAAGACUAUCUGCCCAAUGUGACGAUGUAGAAGUCAGAAUUGAUGACCAAAUUAUCAAGAGAGUCGAUCAUACCAAAUCCUUGGGUCUUACCAUAGAUGCUCAACUCUCUUGGGGUAAACACGUUGAAGAGAUUUGCAAGAAAGUCUGUUCAGCUAUAGGCGCCCUAAAACGUGUGCGGCCCUUUAUAUCCAAAGAAACUGCAAUUCAAAUUUAUAACGCUUUAAUUAUGCCUCAUUUUGAUUACUGCAGCCCCGUCUGGGACUGUUUGAGUGGUUACUUGAGUGAUAAGCUCCAAGAAUUACAGACCGUGCAGCCAGAGUUAUUACUAAAUCACCCUUUGAUGCGAGCUCAAACCACCUUCUCUCCACCCUCAGCUGGGAGAGGCUAUCUCUUCGACAAAAGAAACAAAAAGCCUUAAUGAUGUAUAAAACUAUGAAUGACCUUGCUCCAGAAUAUCUACAAAGUCUUUUCUCUCAACGUCACCUGCUUACAACUUAAGAAACUCUGAGGGGAGGCUGACCCUGUCCAAACCAAGCACCAAUUAUUUGAAACGAAGCUUCUCUUACAGCGGGGCCAUGUUAUGGAAUAACUUUCCCAAAAACUUAAAAAAUGCUGCAUCCGUUGAGCACUUUCAGCGAAAUAUCAAGAAGGUAGCUGAUAUAUCGGAUUUCCACACGGCAAUCACGUAAAGCAGUUGUAAUCAGUUUUAGUUUUUAGUUUUUAACUGAUGAUUUCCCGUGUUUAAAUAAAGAUUUACAUACAUACAUACAACAUUGCUGCAAAGGGAGUUGAAUAGCGAUGUUGCGCGUUUUGCCACUCAUCAAUCAAACCUGUCUUGUAACAAAUCAGGCUGUUUCUGGUUGUGUAACGUUUUGACGUAACUCCCGUGUAUGGCGUGACUUCCGCGUAAUUUUGUCCAAUCAGAAGUCAGUGUUCACGUAACUUUUACGGUACGGUUUGAACGCACGUGUGUGGUAAAACUCCAACUCGUUUCGCAGCAAUGUUGCGAAACAAGUUGCACUGUUUUGUUGCCCGUUUUCCGUAGCUUAAGGAUCAGAAUUGCUCUUACUUAGUGAAAUUUUAGGCCCAGUUAUUUAAACAGAGUUUAGCUAGUGUUUAACAAAACCGCGUUCUAAACCAUGUUGAGUUUGCCGAACGCUUUUAUAUAAACACGAUUUAUCGUGAACAGUUUCAUGAAAGCAUAUGGCGUAGACUAGAAAAGCAUUUGUCUUCUUAAAAUAACCCACUAUGCACGAGAUUUUGAAGUCCAAAGAUUUCCUAAACCGCGGUCUAAGUUAGACUUCGUUUAAAUAACCGACCCUUAAAGUUUUAUCCUGCAGGAUGCUGCUUGUGACGAUAAGCUUGUUAUUAAAAUGAAGACAAAAUUGAAUGCAGGUGUGCCGUUUGUUUGGGAAUUUCACUGUUCAGUGGGAGAGAAGACCAUGGUGAGUAUCUACCUUAAUUUGUAAAGUUGGUUUGUUGCAGCCUCGUUCCCAGUCGUCCUGGGCAAGUCACCUGUCAAGUUUGUCUUGUGAAGUCGCGCUAUCGCGGUUUAAUAUCGCGGCUGGUGCCAAGCGUCCUCCGCUUACUCGGUUAGCGCAAAUUGGCCUUGGGACGAGGCUGGUGUUUUUGAAAUUUUGGAGCGUUGAAGCAGUAUUGAAAAAAUAUAUAAUAUUCUUGUGCGUGGAAACUAGUUUUUGCGUCAUAUAUACGCGUUUCUGUCCUUGUUUGAAAUAAUAGAGCUAGGUAUUUCUUAAAGUGUUAAACAGGGAAGGAAACUCAACAAGCGAAUUGUGGGGGAGGCGGGAUUUGCCAGCUUAGAAAUCAAGUUUGUACUAAGCGCCAUUCCCUCCUGCUCUACUGAUCACACAAGAGCUGUUACGUUCUUUGAAGAAAGCACUUUUCUGAGUGUCAAUGUAUUUAGCACGAAAGUAAUAAUUUUGUAAAAACUAAUGAAGUAAAGUUCCGACGUUUCGGCGACAUCAUGAGGCCAUUAUCAAGGAAUGGAAAUUAAUGCGAGUUCGAGACGAGUUAAAGUACUCUAAAUUUGCAUGAAUGAACACUGCUAGAUUAAGACUUUUGCACGGAUUGAAUCCAUUUGAACGUUCAAAGACGGUAUUAAUUGUUUGAUGUAAAGGACAUGGUCAUAUCCCGCCACUUCUGCCAAGGCCUUUUGUCAACUCGAAGGUUGCUGACCGGCAGCCAUCACAGGUUUCUGCAGAAAUGGCGGGAAAUGAGGUGACCAGGGUAGUCAUACCAUUCAAAGACCAGGAUUCAGCAAACCUUGUUAAGACUUAACCUUGUUAGGACCUCCACGAAAGUGAGACGAAACAACAACUGGUUAAUCAACAGUGCGUAGUGUACCAGUGUCAAUGUAACCUGUGUGAUACAGGUAGCUAGCAUCUUUUUACACGCGUGGAUGGCCACAAAAGUAAACCAUCUGUGCGCAAACACUAUAAUAAACACCACGUGGGCGCCGUCCUUGAGGACCUUCUGAACAUGCAAACGGAUUCCAUCCGUACUAAAGUCUUUGUCUAGCUGUGUUCAUUCAUGUGAAUUUAGAGUACUUUCACUCUUUUUGAACUCGCAAAUAAUUAAUAUUAUUAUACAUCAGAGUCACUAUGAAAAAUCUGAUUGGUCGAGAGCAUUCAAUCAAUUCACAAUAGCUUGUGAACUUGACAUGAUAAAUGCAAUAUCUGCUGCAGUUGUUGCAUUUGUCAUGUCAAGUUCAACGUCUGCCUGAUUACCAAGCCCCUUGGAGUGUUCUCCUCAUAAACAGAAUGGCUGAACAUAGACUUUAAUUAAUGUUAUAAAGAUUUUCCGUUAAGAAUUUUUCUAUUUUAAUGUAUACUUUAUUCAGACAAAGGUUUUAUUAUUGUAUUUUAAAAUUUUAAAAUGAUCUUGGUUAAGCUUAUCAGUGUCACUUUCACCUUAGUUUUGAAAUAAAGCCAUUUUUCAACAGAUGAAUGUCUUCUUUUGCCCAUUGUUUAAAAAAUGUAUAAUAAAACAAUUAUUGAAUUCGGUUUUCGCAUGAUGUCAUGAAUUAUCAAAACCUCGUGUCUGUAUUAUCUGCCUCAGCCUUUAGUCCAGGGCCAUGUGUCCGAAAAAUCGUUCUCGUGGGCAUUUUAUGAACAUUGAAGUUUCUUUGUAGAAACUUACAGUUUAAAUGGUGCUGAAUCGAAAAAAAGUUGUCUCCAAUUUUUUCAGAGCCAUUUAGGCCUGUUUUAUGCAAAUUAGAUAUGACUUCAUUAUAUAGCUGAUGAAUGACAAAAAAAUGCCUUCAGUUUGAUUCGCCACUUUUUGAAUCAAAUAUAACAAAUGCAUUUACAACUGCAGUUUACAUCACAUUUUGACUGUUUCUAGGAAUGAACGAAUGGACCAAAUGUUUAAAGCAAGAUACACGGGUUUUCAUUUCAGAAACAUCUUUUCUUUUCUCCAGUUAUUUACUACAUCUUUUAAUGAAUCCCCUUUGAAUUUACGAGUCCAAUUCUCCAGCUUUUUAAAGUUCUCUUUCUGUUCUCUGCCGAUUUUUAAACACCAGAAAAUAUAUGGUAUAAUCCUGUCUGAGUCCAGCUAGGAAAGGCAUGCGUUUUGAUGGUCUCCCCGUGGUUUAAAACUCAACACCUUAUUUGUUUUCAGGUUAUUCUUCCUCUCUUAUUUGAUUUUAGUGUGCGAAGGCAUAUUUACGUGACGACUACUACUGUGUAUUCGAUUUAUUUCGCUGACAGCACAGCUUUAGCAG